UUCCGACACCGGCUCGGGCUCAGUGAUAUUGUGAAGGCUGCGAGAGCGAGCUCCACCUUCCUCACACACUCUGCUGUAUCACCUGCUGGAGGACACACACACACACACACCUGGCCACCAUGGAGGAGGCUGAGCUGCUGAGGGAGAGGCUCCAGGCCAUCACGGACAAAAGAAGAAUCCAGGAGAACAUCGCCAAGAAAAGGAGACAGAUUGAAGAGGAGAAAUUAAAACUGCAGUACAUGAAGAAGAAAAGCCUGAGGGAGACGUGGCUGAUGGACGGUCUGGGUCAGAAGUCAGAGGAGGAACAGGAAGCCACGAGGCUCCAGGCUCAGGAUGAGCAGCAGCAGAGCGAAGAGCUGCAGAGCAACAUCCACAGAAUAGAGGAGGAGGUCGAGGCCUUGGAGAACCAAGAGCUCAACAUCUCCGCCAAUGAAGAAGUCGUUCUGAAACGUUUAAAAGAGGUGGAGAGGACGACUGAGGACAUUAUCAAGAAAGCAACCAUGGUGGAUUGUGAGGCGGAUGGAAGAGAUUCGAACGGAGGUUGCAGCGCAGCUGAGAAUCACAGCUCUUUCUCCGUCACCAUGGAAACCACUGAAGAGCUUGCGAUGGACUGUGAAGCGGAGGUCACUGCGGGUGAUUCACCUGUGCAGGGGGAGAAUUCCGGUGAAGACGACGAGCACAUUUGUUUAGAGACAGAUUCAUCAAAUUCCCAAGGGAAAACAGUGACGCUCGGCGAAAUAUUACCUGAAAUGCCAAGCGGCACAAUGGAGAUUGACAUGCCUGACUGCUCUGAGACCAGUGUUUGCCCUGAAAUGCCUUGUCAGGAUCCAAAGGAAGCUUUGAUAUUAGAAUCGGGGCGUGAAGAGCUCAACAGGAAUGAGUCCAUCGCCUCAUCUGUGUCAGACACUCUCUCUAGUGCAGACAGUGUUUGUGAGAAUGAAGAACAUCGUAAGAAGCAGAAGAUAUCAGAAGAAGAUUCUGAGCGAGAAGAAUUCCCUGAGCCAAAGCAGUACCCUGAACCAGAUCCGGAACAAGAUCCUGAACCAGAUCAAUACUCUGAGCCAGAACAAGACCCUGAACCCGAGCAAGACUCUGAACCAAAGCAAUACCAUGAGCAAGACCAGGAGGAAGAGGAAUAUCUUGAGCUGGGGCAAUACCCUGAGUCAGAACAAGACCCCGAACCACUCCAGUACCCUUCCCCUGACCAAUACCCUGAGUCAGAACAAGACCCCGAACCACUCCAGUACCCUUCCCCUGACCAAUACCCUGAGUCAGAACAAGACCCCGAACCACCCCAGUACCCUUCCCCUGACCAAUACCCUGAGUCAGAACAAGACCCCGAACCACCCCAGUACCCUUACCCUGAGGAAUACCCUGAGUCAGAACAAGACCCCGAACCACCCCAGUACCCUUACCCUGAGGAAUACCCAGAAGAAGAGUUAUACCAAGACCCUCAGGAUAAUGAGCUUUGUCUUGAAGAUGAUAGUUAUCAAAAUGUGGCAAUAGAUACAGAGGAAGACCCCGAGAACCAUGCAAUUCUUUUUGACCCACCCAUUACAGAUAAGUCAAUAUUAGAUCAGUAUGUUAAAGAAGAGGCAAUGUCAGAUGUUUCCAAUGAAUCCUGCCAUGACCUUGAGCCUGAAGAACUGGACGAAUGCCUGGAAGUUGAGAUUGGAGCAGCUUCCUCAGACAGUGAGACAGAUGAAAAAUGGAGAUCAAUAUUCUCUUCUUCUAUAAAUAGAGAAGAUGAUGACUCUUAUUUGGACAGUCUUCAGCUGAGUGCCCAGGAACUCUUUGUGCAGAAAGUUGAGGUGACAGACUUUGAAGAAGAAGACAAUAACAAGUUUGAAGAGGUCAGUUUCGAUGUUCCCCAAGCGGAAGAAGUUCUUGAACAACCUGAAGACAUAAUUGCCUUCCCUAUCCCUCCUCAAGAGGUUAAAUAUAACCCUUUAGGUCUACAAGGUUUGUCCAAAAUCUCUGAAGAUGAGAGUGAAAAUGGCAGGGAGUCCAACCUCCAAAAGCAAAUACAUGAAGAUUUGAUCAAGAAGCUACCUAAAGACUUCUGUGUGAUACAAGAGACCAAGAGCAAGAAUGUGAGCACAGAACAUGUAGACUUCCAGCUGGCUCGUAAACAGUGGCGGGAAAUGGAGGAGCAAACCAUGAACAAAAUGGUCUUACCUACAGCCAAGCAGCCAAGCUUCCACGGCAGCCACAGCUUCAUGUACACACCGGUGCGCAACAUCGAAAGAACUCAAAAGAAAGCACACGAGCUGGAGAAUUUGACUCUGGUUGGCAAUUAUCCUCACACCCAAUUCAGCCCUUGCUCAGAAGAUUCUGGCUUGGAUGAUUCCAGUUACAGAUCACCUUACGAUGACCCCGAAACCCCAGUAGAACGGGAGAUUCGCAUAUCAAUGGCGAGAGAGGAAAACUUCAAGAGGGAGAGGGGCCUCUCCAGGAUGGGCAAAUCAACGGAUUGUGCUCCAUCGCGAAGUAUGCCUCGAUCAAUAAGCAGUCCACUGACACCAUCAUUCAUCAUCACCUCUUCACCCACUAAACAACCGCUAAUAUGUGAAGUAUCGGCACACAACGUUAUCAUUCUCGACCCCGGCAAUGAUUUCACCUCUAGCCCGAGACGUGGAAAAGAUAAUGUGGUAGGUCAGUGUGGCGAGUGGUGCUCCGAGGACAGCAGCCCCAACCUCAUCAUCCUGGAGACGUCCAAUCUGAUUAUUCGCAGUGCCUCCGAGUUCUCGCUGAACAAACCCUGCGAGCAGCCCCAGGAAAAGAUGUUCCUGAAGAAUCCCUUUUUCAAGCUGCGUUCAAGAAGUACAGUGUCACUGGUGGAUGAAGAGAUUAAGAUGGUGAAGAAGAGGGAGGAUGAGCUGAGGAAAGAGAGGGCCAAUCUGCACGUCAAAGAUAGGUUCAAUGAUGAAAGGAUAUCGUCAAAUCACAUGGACACAUUGUCGUUUGACAAUUCAGCUGAUGUACCAGAGAAGUGCAAGUCCUCUCCAUCCUCACCAAUGAAAAUGGCCUUCAGGAUGGACCGCUCGGCUUUAUCCUGCGACCACAGAUUUCCAGAGGUCUACGUGGGAGAAAGACGCAAGAGUGCCAUGGCUGUGCGCUGGGAGGCGGGCGAGUUCACAAAGAAUGACUGAAGAGGACCACGGGAACGGUUUGCCAGAUAAAGACAUCAAUUCAAUGUUAUUAUCAUUCAAGUUAAAUGCAGUGUUGCAAUUGUUUUGUUUCAUCUUGUGACAUAAAUGCUUCUGUGAUGCUUUGGUCAAAUCGAGAAAAGACAAUGACAAUGUUUGUGGCCACAUUACUUUUGACAAAGGGCAAAGAGAACCCAUAAAACAACUAUUUCAUGCAGUACCAUGGACAUAAAUAACACUUGAUUCUGGCCAGAGGCUGUGCAAUAUUCUCAAAUAUCACGACAGUUCUGACUCAUUACUUUUGAAUCUUACAGCUGGAAGGCUGCUGGUUUCAGCUCUUACUUGGCUGCAGCUCGUUGGCGUAGUAAAACAAUGUUUAUUAAAAUAUUGACAAGAACAGUGCCAUAGUUUCCAUUUAGAACAAAUUAUGAAUAAACAAUGACAAUAUUCAGAAAUGUGGCAAGUGGAGCGCUAACGUGUUGAAAGAUGCAUGCCUUCUUGUGGAUAUUAACUUGCCUAUUGAAGAACUUAAAAAAAAGAAAAAGAAGAAGGUCCAAUCCAGAAGUACAACAACUGCAAAGGAAGAAUUGGCCUUAUUUACUAGAGAUAGUACUCACAUGCCAUAUGUACAUUAAAAGAGUUAUUGGUCAAGUUCAGCUGGAACUAAUUGGAGGUGUUGACAGUAUGAGCCAGACUAAUCAGAAGGCUAUCAAGUGUAGGUUUAUCAUCUCCUUAAUCAUGCGAUAAAUAAUAAGUCAUCCGUGAAUGAGCGUGAGCUCAUCACAUAUUCUGCUUCACCAGACUGAAUAAUAUUUUGGGCUGCAUGCUGAAGGACCUCUCAUGGUUGCGCAAGACCCCUUUUUACUGCGUAACUACCAUACCUCUCACUUUUAUAAAACAACGCACCAUUAGAAGCUCUCGUGUCUGUGUUUCGAACAUUACCCGUUAGCCGUAAACAGCUCGGUGGAUUUCACCGACUCCUCCGUGAGUCUGAAUGACUGCCGCUUCCAGCACCACCACAGCAUGACCGGUAGUCUGAUUCAACAACAUUUGGACGUCGGUGUUGACGGAUGGAGCAUCUUAAUGCCGAUUGGCUUUCGCUCCAUAGCUUCACGAAAAUUUACAUAUUUCAAUGAGGUGAAUCUUUCGUGCCAUAUGCACUCGCAAAAAGUUGUCAACGCUUGUGGCGUGAAGGCACCAUGAAGGCUGUUUGCUUGCAUACAUCGCCGCAUGAAGUGGGUUUUACCUAGGGUGACCAGAUUUGAGUUUGUGAAAAAGAGAACACUUCGUCUCUACAGUCAGAGCUCGCGCAAGAAGGUGGAACGUAAGGGAGAUACCAUUUCCAAAACUUGUAAGGGGUAAAAACUAGUUUGUGAAAGACCCAGAGAAACACAAAUAUCCGACGAAGCAAAAUCUCGGACGUUUUUGGAAUCCCUACCAGACGCAUUUUUUAGGUCUCAAAAAGAGGACAUGUCCGGGGGAAAGAGGACGUCUGGUCACCCUAGUUUUACCAUUGGCUAUGUAGAGUCACAGCAUUUCUUGUUAGUGGGUUCACUUUUUUGGUGUAUUUGGCUAACUGCUAACAACUAACGUAACCACCAGGCUACUCAGGCUCACAGCGUUGCCGAGGGUCUACGACGUUGAGCCGAUUACCUGCGUUCAUUGCCCAAAGUUUUGUUUUACCAUCGCCAUCAUUGGUGUCUAGAUACAGCGAUGGCUGUUACCGACACACCGGGAGGAGAUCUUCACUCUUCUAAAUGCACCUUUUCUGGUUGCUAAUUUAAUGCUGCCUGUAUUGCUGUAUAUCGAGUUGAAUUCAGUUAUUUCCUUGGAGUAGUGUUUUCUGUUGCGGUGCCCUCGAAGGUUGUAGACGGGUUUUCGUUUAACACGAUGAUUUGAUGCCACAAAGAUGACUUGGCUAAGAUUAGGUUGAUAAUAGAAUCGCAUGAAUUAAUUUCUUUUGUGCUUUGGCCAAACAGAAACAAGGUAUAAAUACAAUAUUGCCAAAUAAUCACGUGGAUGUGUUAAAAAUGACCUAUUUACACAUCCAGCAGCAAGAGCAUCAGCAUGGAGUACUUCUACCACUUGUCUGGUCUCCAUCAACUCAUUAUAAAUAUAUUUGUCUUCUGUUAGCUAGUAUCUAAAUAUGUAUAUCUUAUUCUGUCUGCUGCUGGGCAGGUAGUGUACAAUGGGUUCAUCCAUGUGUUUUCAUUGGAAACAGUCGCCUGGUGUUGGAAACCAGGCAGAAACUGAAGAGUUAAAGAGCAGCGAGGUAAAACAAUGAGCUGAGGGACACUAAAGACUUGGUGGUAAUUAUCUGAGGAUUUACCACUACGAGCAAUACAUUUCAUACUCAUCAUCGUCAUUGGAGCCAUUGGAAAUAUUAAUAAUGAUUAGUACAGCCAUAAGGUAAGAUAAACCACAAUGUGAUGGAGGAUAUACUUUACAACCCAAGUAUUCCUGAGGAAACAGACCGAUAGAGACUCACCUCAAUUUAGCUUCAACGGAACAUUACAAAGCAUCGUUAUGGUAUUAAGUACAUUAAAUACAUAUCACGGGAGUGUUGUGUUUGCAUAAACUCAAAAGAAACUGCACUUUGUCCUUUCUAUAAAAGAUGAACAUUUACUGACAGAAAUAAAGUUGUUUUUUUUGCUCAGAGUUCUGAAUGUUAAACAAUUGUAUUGUUGAGUUUGCUAAAGCUUUCAGAUAUGAAAAGACACGUUGAUGUUAUUGUCGGUCUUGAUGAAGCAAAACUGCUACGUUGCUCAGUGUAUAUGAAUUGUGUUUCCGUACUGUGCUUUUUUUCUGCAAAGUAAUAUUUAAAGAUGAGCCGGACAGGCGUACAUCAGCACAAUAUACAGAACAUAUUAUUAUGAUACCUUUUUUCUGGAAAAAAUAUAUAUUCAUUCGCAAAUUGAAGAAAUGGAAUGUCUAGAUGUAGUAGUGAGAAUGAGGAUUAAAUAUAGAUACACAUGUUGUUGUAGUUACUUCAGGAGUUUAGCCUGAACUACAUUAUUCCGUAUGGCCUGUGAGGACAGGUGUGUGAGAGCAGUGCUGUAACAGUGCUCACAACUAGAGAACCAAUGGCACUGCAUACAUGGAUGUGGAAAGUAGAAGUCCAUUUGUUCAGUGCUUUUGAAAUUCCAAAUGAUAAUGGGUUUUUCAUAAAUGUAAGUAUUCAAUUAUUUACUCUUUAUACAAUAGAAAUGAAUAAAAUGAAUGUUGAAGCUGCAGUAACUUUACUGUACGGGAACCUCUUGUUCAUGUUAAAUUAAAUUCUGACUUAAUUUUUUUUAUCUGGAGGUAAAAGGGUGGAAUGGAUCUUUCGUGCUUGCUUUGUGGCUCUCCCUUAUUGUAAAAAAGACCACAUACGAGAUAUUUUCAAAAGGGAUUUUGCCUUGAUAUUUCCAGCUCCUCUGACAAGCAGCUUCUAGAGCGCUUUACUUUCUUGACUUUAGAGACAACUGACCUUAAACAACAUUGUUUUCCGUGUCACGUUUGUACGCUUCAUUGUUUAAUUAUAACUUACAAGUCUCACGUGUUUAAACAUUCCGUGAAAAGUCGCUGCUAUAGGCUCUGUGUGACUUAAUAUGCAGAGGCUUUUAACUUUGUAUUCCUUGUGCAAGUAUUGAAGAGAUUAGUGCAACAAUAAAAGAUCUAUAAGAAGAA